AAUCAGUGGGCAACUAGCACAGGCGGCGGGGGCGGAGACGGAAGAGAGAGGCACUCCAAUUGGCUGCUGGCGGCUCGGAGAGCGGUUUGAAUCGGUGGCGCCGGGCGGGAGCAAUGGCAAAGUACAAGAAACACAGACGAAAAUGGAGAGCCCGACCAAAACUCCAACUGGUAAAAAAUGGAGAUGCUGCCACCACCCAGGUUGCAGGCUCUGGUUGUCCUUCUCCACGGUCAGCAGGUGACAUUCCUCUGAACACAUCAUCUGUCCCAAGCCAUCUGUCUUCACUCUGGUUAUUAGCUUUGCCCAGUGUAAAAAAUGUGGUAAAACCCUUUACAACAACAGCCUCAUUUUUGUAUUGUUGGUGCCAGAACACGGUUGCACAGAGUUUUAAGGUGGUGAAAGACACUAUAUUUCCAUCACGAGUCUACUUAAGGGAGCUAAACACAUUCAGAGAGCAGCUGGAAAACUUGGAAGCUGAAUUUUCCAAACUACAAGGAAUGCUCCAGAUGAAUGGAAUUGCAGCCUUGUCUUCAGAAAAUUCUCUUUGUCAAAGGUGUAACAUGCCAGUUCUGGGUGCUCCUGUACCAGUGCAGGUGGGCCUGCCAUCAGCAGCACCCGAGCCUUCCACAAUACAGCUGCAGCCAUCAUCUGCACCCCCUCCGCCUCUUCCUCCGCCACCUCCACCACCGCCACCACCACUGCCUCCACCGACACUGCCUCCAGCACCUCUCCUCCUCAAACGUGGCAAUGGCUCUAAAGCACCUCUGGCACCAUCACUGAAAAAAGAUGGGCCAGUGCAGAUCACUCUCAAAGACCUCCUGAAUGUUAAACUGAAGAAGACAGGCAGCAACCUGAGAAUGGACAAGGCAGAAUCACCAGUGAGGACACGCAGGGCACUAAUUACAGUCUCAGAUUUGCAGAGUGUUAGUCUGAGACCCAAAUCCAAGCCAUCAGCUCACAUUGCCAACUCCUUAAUUACCCCUCCUAAAAAUCAGUUAGAUCUUCGGAAACAUCUGAAGAAAGUCAAUAUACAAAGAAGUCCUGGUGGCACUCCUUUAAAUAGUAAAGAAAACAUUGAAUGUGGGUCUGGGUUGACACCAAUAAUGACACAAGCACUGCGGCGCAAAUUUCAGAUGGCUCACCCAAAGAGUCCCUCACCUGCCCGGUUAAGCACUGCAAACAGCUUUGAUGAACAAAAGUAGGUUUAUGGACCAAUGUCUUUUUCACAUGUGGUCAGGAAGCCACUUGCAUCACAUUUUUAUCUCACUCAGGCACAUGUAUUUGUAAGUAAAUCUGCUGCAUACAAGAAUGGGACA